AUGGAUCGGCUAUCGAUUGUAAAGCUCGCGCGGAACACUGUGCUUCCGUUGGCUUACAUAUUCACCGCCGCCGCGUUCGUGAUAGCCGGCUACUUUUUGGCCCUAAAAACACAGUCUUCUAUGUUGUUUUGUAAAGAUGGAAACUUCAAGCAAUUCCUUAUUAAAAAAGUACCUGCUGUCAGAGAAAAAUAUUUACCUGCAAUUUGUGGUUUCAAUGGGUAUGCACAUACAGUUUUGGCGACAUUGUUUAGAGAUAUCAUUACACCUACAGUAGUGUAUGACAGGGAAAUCUUGACGUUAAACGACGGUGGUGAACUUGCUGUAGACUGGUUGUAUCCAAAAUCUAAAGGUCCACAGAGUUUAGUCACUGUGAUUAUACUCACUGGACUAACAGGCGAUAGUCAAUCUGAGUAUGUCAGAGAAACAGUUAAUGAGCUGUUUGAAAAAGGCUAUUGUUGUGUUGUUUUUAAUUACAGAGGCCGAGGAGGUGUAAAGCUGAAGACUGCUCGAACGUACUCAGCGACGAACAUCGAAGACUUGACUGAAGUGCUGAAACACAUUAAGUCCAAACGACCAAACAGUCCGAUCGCCGGCAUAGGAUUCUCAAUGGGAGGAACAUUACUGGGGACAUUUUUAAUGUCAUCUGAACAAGAGAAAAACAAACACUUGGUAACAGGAAUAUUAAUUUCAGUUCCAUGGAAUGUAAAACAAGCUUGUAAAAACGCGGAAGGUUCUUGGUUGAUGCGAAAAAUGGGCAAAAACUUGUCCCACCAUUUACGUAGUGUAGUCAUUAAGAACAAAGAUGUUAUUUUCAAACAAGAUAAUGACAGAUUGUUAGAUUAUAACAUGAUUAAACAGUGUAACACCAUCCGGGAAUUCGAUACAGCCUACACCAUUAAAAUAUUCAACUACUCUAAUGUAUAUCACUAUUACGAGGAUGCGACAUUGAGCAACAAACUUCAUUUGAUUAACGUACCGUGUCUGUGUUUAAGUGCCGCAGACGAUCCUUUUCUUUACUUUAGAGAUAUACCCGUAAAUGAAGCGGAUGAACACGGAAAUGUAGCUAUCUUAGUAACUUCUGGUGGUGGUCACGUGGGUUACCUGGAUACUUUUUGGCCAUUCACAAACAAUAACUUUAUGUUGAAGCUCAUCCACCAAUAUUUCGAUGCAAUUUUGGUAGAUAAGAAUUAUGAGAAAUUUGUUAACCUUUAAAUAGUUUGUUUUUCUAUUCAAUACAAUAUAAUAUAAUAUAUUAGUGUUGUAUGUAAAUUAAAAAACAAAACUGUAUACGUACUGAUAAUAAUUGUUGCGGCUAGGAUUAGUGUCUUUAAAUAUUGCUUUUGAUUUUAACUAUUUUAUUAUUUGAAUUUUGAAUCGAAAAUGUCACUAAGCUAAGUUUUAAAUUAAAAGUAUAU